UUUUCGUUACCGCAAGAAACGACGUGCUUCAAAAUGUUCUUGUUUCUUUAUAUAUUCACCGUUAUUGCAAUUCUUAAAGCAACAGCGGCAAGUAUAAAUGAAGUUCCAAAAAUCGUCGGUGGUUCUGUAGCAGAAGAUGGGCAAUAUCCCUAUCAAGCUUCACUUCGUUAUAAAAAUCGUCAUUUUUGCGGAGGAUCCGUAUUGAACGAUAGAUGGAUACUAACAGCUGCUCAUUGUUUAUCAAAUUUCGAUAAUUCAGACAUUGCCGUCGUAUUGGGUUCCAAUACUUUAAAUAAAGGUGGCGAUGUAUAUCAAUCUAAACAAAUAAUCAGCCAUCCAAAGUAUAGUUCUGCAUUGAUAAGAAACGAUAUUGGGCUAAUCAAAGUGGACAAGGACAUCGUUUUCGGAGAUAAAGUGAAACCUGUCGCGUUGCCUAGUGAAAAUUUCAGCAAAAUAGAUUAUCCUGCUGUAUUGUCUGGUUGGGGUACCACUAGCUAUCCUGGACAAACGCCGAACAAGCUGUAUCAUAUACAGCUGAGUGUAAUCGAUCAAAAACAAUGUUUAAACGCCAGCUUUCGUGUCACCAACGACAAUAUCUGCACACUUAACAAGAGGGGUGAAGGCGCUUGUCACGGUGAUUCUGGUGGUCCCUUGGUUGCUGAUAACGAACAGAUCGGUAUAGUAUCCUGGGGCAUACCGUGUGCAAGAGGUCGACCAGAUGUCUUUACCCGUGUCUACAGUUAUAUUGAUUGGAUCAAAGAUCACACAGAAAAUAAAAGUAGAUAGGGAGAUGAUUGACUUACAAUUAUAUGAAUAUUACAUAGUGGAUUAUAUAUAAAAUAAA